CUAGCUUGUUCCUGUGUCACUCGGCAGGAGCACUACAUUUCUCUACCUAGCUUUGCCAGUCGACGACGACCGGCCGGCUAUCUCUCCGAUCAGUCGGCCAAAUCAAAGCAAAGCUCGCUAGCGCCACCGACCAUGGUCUCCAAGGAUACCAUCCGUACGGCUAUCGGCGUCAUCGGCAAUGGGACCGCCCUUGUGCUCUUCCUCUCCCCGGUGCCCACCUUCGUCGGCAUCUGGAAGAAGCGUGCAGUGGAGCAGUACUCGCCGAUCCCGUACGUGGCGACGCUGCUUAACUGCAUGAUGUGGGUGGUGUACGGCUUGCCGGUGGUGCACCCGCACAGCAUGCUGGUGGUCACCAUCAACGGCACCGGCAUGCUCAUCCAGCUCUCCUACGUCGUCCUCUUCAUCCUCUGCUCCACGGGGGCGGUGCGCCGCAAGGUCGUCCUCCUGUUCGCCGCCGAGGUCGCCUUUGUCGUCGCCCUGGCCGCGUUAGUGCUCAGCCUGGCGCAUACGCACGAGCGUAGGUCCAUGGUCGUCGGCAUCGUCUCCGUCUUCUUUGGCACCGGCAUGUACGCCGCGCCGCUCUCUGUCAUGAAAAUGGUGAUCGAGACAAAGAGCGUGGAAUACAUGCCGCUGUUCCUGUCCCUGGCCUCCCUCGCGAAUAGCAUUUGCUGGACUGCCUACGCGCUCAUCCGCUUUGAUGUCUAUAUCACCAUCCCCAACGGGCUGGGCGUGUUGUUCGCGCUGGGUCAGCUGGUCCUGUACGCCAUGUUCUACAAGAACACCCAGCAGAUCAUCGAGGCACGCAAGCGCAAGGCUGACCACCAGCAGGGAACCGUGAUGGAGGUGGUCACCGACGCCACGCCCCCCAACAACAACGGCAACACCUACUGAUCAGUGAUCAAAACAGGAAGGCGACGACAAGACCAAGCAAUGCAUCUUCCCCAAGGGAUGAUGAUCCAUGCAUAUGCAUCUUAUAUGCUGCUGUCGUAGUCUUUCUAAUGCUAUUACAUUCUGCAUCCUACUAGUAUAACCAAACAUAUACAGCACAAGAAGGGCUGCGCUGCUGCGUUCACAUUUAUGAUAUAUAAUCGUCUGCUGCAGUCUUAUUGCUGGUCUUA